UGAAUUCGUAAGCAAUUCUUUCAAUUUAUGUUUUUGUUUGCAUUCUCUUUUUUCUUCAAUUUCCCAAGAACUUGUUCAAAGUUCAUUGUUGCAGAGUAUAAUUUUAUUGUUGUAUUUCUUUAUUUUUAUUACUAAUGCCAAGACUGUAUAUAUUUUUGGGGAAUUCAGAGGCUGAGAUCAAUUGCUUUUGAUUCAAGAAAUCUGAGUUUUUAGUUUAUAUUCUUGAUUUUCAAAUAAAUUCUGAUUUGAUCAAUUCAGCUUUUUGAUUAUAACCCACAAAAGUUAAUCAAAAAGGGUCUGUUGGGUCGUCUUCAGAUAGAGAUAGAAAUCAUUAGUUUUUUGUUUGGUUUUUAAGGCAAAUUUGAGAUUAUUUAUAGUUACAACUGAAGUGAAAUCAAUGGAGGAGCUAUCUCCUGCUAUUGCAGUGCCGUUUAAUCUAGAUAAAGUGUCAGUGAUCUGCAAUAAGUCACCGGUGACAGCCCACAGAGAAAUUAAUUGUGGGCUGAAGCGUACGGCAGAUAUGGCAAACUUGAAAUCAAACCCUGUAAGGAAGAUAAAUCCAACCUAUGAUUCUGUAACUUGUAGAUUUGAAGGUUGUAGUGGUGAUAGUUCAUUGCCUGGAGUUGAUCAGGUGAGUUCUAGAGGAACUCUAGAUGGGCAAUGUGGGGAUGAUCCAUUAGUUGAAAAUUUGUGUUCUCAAUCUGUAGGUGUUGAUUGUAACAGUACCUGUCGCGGAGAAUUUCCGGGUUUAGAUUCGAAUUCCAGUAGAGAUCCGUUAGAUGUCGAAAGAAGUGAUGGUAAUUUCGGAUCAAUUAUCGAUAGAGAUGAUACUGUUUCUGUUUCUGCUGCGGCGCAUAGUGAUGGUAGGAAUGGCUAUUGUUGUGAUCCAACAUUAUGUGAUUUGCCUCUUGAAGAAAAGGUUUAUGAAUUGGAAAAUGUUCCGAUCUGGGGCUCUACAUCUAUAUGUGGAAGGAGACCUGAGAUGGAAGAUGCAUUUGCUGGUGUGCCUAAUCAUUUGCAAGUUCCAGCUCAAAUGCUGAUGGAUGAUCAUGGUUUGAGUGACCUGAAAAAGAAAGCCGGUUGCUUUUCUGCGCAUUUUUUCGGUGUUUACGACGGACAUGGUGGCUCUCAGGUCGCUAACUAUUGCAGUAAGCGCAUUCAUGUGGCUUUAGCUGAGGAGCUAGAAUUUGCAAAAGCAAAUAUCUCUGAUGGAUGCAUUAAUGACAAUUGGCAAGAGAAAUGGGAGAAAGUUUUCUCUAAUUGUUUCGUAAAAGUCGACGAGGAGACUGCCGGAUCAAGUAAUGACAGUGAGGCUAUAGCCCCUGAAACUGUUGGUUCUACUGCGGUUGUCGCUGUUGUUUGUCCGACUCAUAUUAUAGUUGCAAAUUGCGGCGACUCAAGAGCAGUUCUGUGUCGUGGAAAAACGGCUAUGCCGAUGUCAGUAGAUCACAAACCGGAUAGAGAAGAUGAAUGUGCAAGAAUCGAGGCUGCAGGAGGCAAGAUUAUACAGUGGAAUGGUGCACGUGUUCUUGGUGUUCUUGCAAUGUCAAGAUCCAUAGGUGACAGAUACUUGAAACCAUGGAUUAUUCCAGAUCCAGAAGUAAUGUUUGUUCCGCGAGCAAAAGAAGAUGAAUGCCUUAUCUUAGCGAGUGAUGGAUUGUGGGACGUGAUGACGAAUGAAGAGGCGUGCGACAUUGCGAGAAGAAGAAUCCUUCUCUGGCAUAAGAAAUACGGUGACACUUUAUUAGCAGCAGAGAGAGGCGAAGGAGUUGAUCCCGCUGCUAAAGCCGCAGCGGAAUACCUCUCGGGGCUCGCUCUUCAAAAGGGAAGCAAAGAUAAUAUCACUGUCACUGUGGUGGACUUAAAAUCUCAGAGGACAUUCAAGAGAAAAACUUGAUAGUAAGGUCAUCCACUGAUACAUAUAUAUGAUAAUAUGUAUAAUAUAAAAUGAGAAAAAGAGUUGUUUCGGUUUACAAACCUGCGUCGCAGAAUUAAAUAGAUCCAAUUUGUUUAGUUGACGCUUAGAUAGAUAUAAAUGAUCCAAAUUUAGAUGAAAAAAUUAAGAAAAAUUGGAUCUAUUUAAACUGAAUGAAAGAAAGUGGACCUAAUUGGUCCUGCUACGUAAGUUUGUGAAUUGAAAUGGUCAUUCUUUCUAUUACAGUAA